GCCCCCCCCUCUCUUGCUUGUCUCCCCCGGUUGGUCCACCAAUCUCGACGACCAUGUGGUUCCAUAUCGAUCUGCCAGAGAUAGUAAGUAGCUACCGGACAGGCCCGAAUGCCUGAGAAUAGGAACAUUUUCCCUCUAUCCAAGUAUAGACAGCAAUGCGCUUUUUAGUAUUCAUCAAAUACAUAGAUCAAAUUGCAUUAGUACGAUACGACUACAACUGUCUACUAACUAGGCUCUGUGUCAUGUCUUCCCCCAUCAUGCAGCAUUCUCCCGAGAUUCUACGGUCGUAUAUUCCCUGUCAAAUCAUGCAGUGCCGAGAGGAGCUGAGUUCUGUCGGUCCAGGAUUCGAAACGAAUGCAACAACGGGCCCUUUCCGGACUAGUUGGAUAGCGUGUCUUAAACGGAGAAGCCGUUCAAUUGAGCCAACCGAGACGGUCAAAAGCCCCAAGAAGCUACUGCUGCUGCUGCUGCAUGGCCAUCCUUCCAUUCCCUCACCCACACACAUACUCCAUCACACUCAACAUGCGAGGUUGACUUAUCAUCAAGGGGGUGAGUGGGUGUGGGUGUGGGGGAGAAUGGGCCCAGCAUGGCGGGCUCCUAAUCUAGCUACUAGCUUUUCCAACUUCAGUAAAUAGAAAUUAGGCUUGGAGAUUUGUCCUACCGAUGGACGGCCUAAGAACGUAGUCUCGAACCGAGUGACCCAAUUACAUUCGUUCCCUUGGCUUUGAAACGAGCGGAAAGGUGUGCGUGAGGGUUAAGUGUGCG